AUGGAGUCGGGCUGUGGGGAGCGCUAUGCCGAACGGUGCCAGCCGGCGUUAGUGAGCAGCCGCACAACACUAGUGGGCAGCAAACCACACGAGUCUGGCAGCGUUUCUGACAAGCGCUUUUUCAGUGAAGAUCUACACGCCAGUCUAUAUUUUGUCAAUGCAUCUCUGCAAGAGGUAGUGUUUGCUAGCACCACAGGGACAUUGGUACCCUGUCCAGCAGCAGGGAUCCCCCCGGUGACGCUCAGAUGGUACCUAGCAACGGGCGAGGAGAUCUACGAUGUCCCAGGGAUCCGCCACGUCCACCCCAAUGGCACUCUCCAAAUUUUCCCCUUCCCUCCUUCAAGCUUUAAUAACUUAAUCCAUGAUAACACUUACUAUUGCACAGCUGAAAAUCCUUCAGGGAAAAUCAGAAGUCAGGAUGUUCACAUUAAGGCCGUUUUACGGGAACCCUAUACAGUCCGUGUGGAGGACCAGAAAGCCAUGAGAGGCAAUGUAGCAGUGUUCAAGUGCAUUAUCCCCUCCUCUGUGGAGGCAUACAUCACUGUUGUCUCAUGGGAGAAAGACACAGUCUCGCUUGUCUCAGGUAGGCUCUUACGAUUUUCUUUGUCAGUUGGCAGUGGCAGAUGUGGUUGCUGUCUUUUCCCCAAAAUACCUGCUGUUUCUUUUGAGUCAGUUAUAGACUGAUAUGUCGCCCUUUCAGUAACAUAUUUCAUAUUAGUGUUGCUGCAUCCUUAUGACUGUAUGUGACAUGAAGGUUUUA